AUGGAUCCUUUGCCAUUAUUGAGCCAGCUCGAGCAGCCUGCUUCAACUUCAAGCUAUGAAGGAACAGAUCUGUCCCACAAUCCUGCAAGAACUGACCAUUGGAUUCAGGAGGAGAAAGACAUCAAUGAGAUCGCAUCUCAAGAGUCCACGCUUCUUGAUUCGAAUACCACGGCAUCCACGAGUAGCAUCUCAAGUCAAGAGCCAGCCCUCGAGAUUGCCAACCUCCGAGCUCAAGUUGCCCAAAAGGAGUUGAACCUUAAAAAGGCCUCUCUUCGUAUCAUUGACCUUCAGGCUGAAGUAGAAGUCCUCGAGCGAGUAUCUGAGUCCCAAGAAUCCGAAAACGGAGAGUUGCGCAAUCAACUUUCAAAAGAACAAUCAGAGCAUUCAAAGUCUAAGGACCUCUUGGCGAAGUUUGGCAAAGUAGGCGAUGCUCUUGCGAAGGUUCGGAUUGGCUGGAUCUCAAAUUGUGUGCAGUACGACACUGGCAAAUGUAUUGCAAAGCUUUACGGCGUCCCCGACAUCAAGCAUAAUCGGGCAGCAAUCAAGGCACGCAACAUGAUUACCCAUGAUGGUCAAUGGGAGUUGGACAACUUGCUCGGCGAGCUAAAACUCCUCCCGCCACAUAUCGUCGAAUGGUUUCCCGUGGUUUACGGCAGCACUUUGGGACAAAAGUUCAGCCCUCUUGGCAUCAAGGUUCGCAACAUGAAUGGUUCUAUGAUCAGUUAUCAUGCGGGAAGUUUCUUGAGCUCUGAUAAGGACGACGAUUCUCAUUUCAGCGAAGCCUGGAAAGCUUUUUGGAGACUCUACGAAGCUGCUAAAAAGAUUUAUGGAAACGACCAUAAAGCUAUUGAAAGAUAUCUGCGCGAAAAGACGAACGCUCUUGCACUUCUGGACGCAAUGAGUAGCGUCAAGCACAGAAGACUUCAGACACUUAUUCUGUCUCGUCGCGGAAAGCGACCAGUUACGAGAACAUAA